CCGAUCUUGCUCGACUUGAAGAUAAAGAUACAUUUUUCUCUCCAUGGGAAGAAGCAGAGGAGAUCUACCUUCCACAAGACCAGUUUGGCUUCAUUUGUUGUUUGCGUGAGCAAGGUGAAAGCUUGUUGAGUGUUCAGAGCACAGAUCAACUUAGUGUUUUCGUAGAGUAACGAUCUGUGGCUGAUCCAGGUGUGGACGUUUUGAGUAUUGUUUCCUACCUUGCAUAUUUCUAUUUGGUGCGGUGACCAGUGGACGUUGUUCAGCAACCAUGCCUAAUCAAAUGGAGAACCAGCUAUUCAAUCUGAAGUUUGCUGCCAAGCAGCUGACGCGCAAUUCCAAGAAAUGUGAAAAAGAGGAGAAGGCGGAAAAAGUCAAGCUAAAGAAGGCGAUCCAGAAAGGCAACAUCGAUGGAGCUCGGAUUCACGCGGAGAACUCAAUUCGACAGAAGAACCAGUCUCUGAACUUCUUGCGGAUGUCGGCUCGAGUGGAUGCCAUUGCGUCACGUGUGCAGUCAGCAGUCAUGAUGCAGCAGGUAACCGGCUCGAUGGCUGGUGUUGUCAAGUCAAUGGACUCUGCGCUGAAGUCAAUGAACUUGGAAAAGGUGGUCGGUCUCAUGGAUAAGUUUGAACAGCAGUUUGAGAACAUGGACGUUCAGGCAUCAGCAAUGGAGGAGGCUAUGAGCUCCACAACCACACUAACGAUCCCAGAGGGCCAAGUGGAGGGACUCAUGCAGGAAGUAGCCGAUGAGCACUCUCUUGAUCUGAAAGUUGAACUUCCGUCGCAAGGCACUGGGCAGCUGGGUCAAGCAUCGGCAUCUGCAGAGCAGGAUGAACUGUCGCAACGACUUGCUCGCCUCAGGCAAGCUGAUUGAAGAAACAUUCUGGCACCUAUUCUUUCCUUUCGUUCACAGUUAUGUAGUGUAGUGUUUUGAAUUGCGGUGCAACUCAGAGUCUCUUUGCUGUAUUAUACAUCCGUUGUUUGAAGUCAUAAUAGCACGCUCCCAUAGCAUUAUUUUUACUACGUAGUAAGUAGCAACACCUUUCAUACAAUGACCCCUCCAUGUUGUACAUAUUUUCUUCAUGACAAUAAAAUUUAAUAUUGUGUUUUAUGGCUUUGAGGUAUAGCAUAGCAUGAUCUCCCAUGCUAUCUGGGCAUGCUGCGCCUUUAGUUGUUUUCUGCUGCUGUGCAACGGAACGCGUCUCCUAACUAUUUUCGUCCACGCUGCAUUUUGUUAGGGCUGUAUGAUGACUCUUUAUCCUUCUCUUCCUGCAUACCAUGUGUUUUAUUAUGUGCUUUACAUGCUCUUGCCCAGCAAGUGAAACUUUCUCGAAGACCUGCACCGGCACAAUUCUA